AUGGACACAUUUUUCCGCCGUCACUUUAAGAGGAAGGAAGCGGCUCUGCAGGUUGAGGCGUCUUCCUGCGGCCAGCGGAGGCCCAGCGUUGCCGUGCCGACCAGCAAGGCCCGCCGCCGCUCCAGCGUCGGACUGCCGUCUUCCACGCUGAUGCAGCGCCGCCGCUCCAGCGUCCAGCUGCAGGCGGCGGGCGGCGGGCGGCUGGCCAAGUCCGUCAGGCAGCGCCGGUGGGCGGGACACGUCCGGCGGCGCUCCAGCACCACCACCCCCAGCCUCAACCCCCGCUUCGCCGUGUCCAGGAAGAAGGCGGGCAAGCUGCGCACCAUCCACACGCACCUGCUGGGCCCGUCCAUGCUGCUGGCCAGCCUCAUCCAGAUGACGGAGGAGGACGAAGACGAAGGCCUGGGGGGGGGGCUGCUGGCCGGGCAGCAGCAGGUGGAGGUGCGGGGCGAGGCCAACAACAGGAGGAUGUUCUCUCGCUCCAGCAGCCUCCACUCAGAUGGAGACUACUCAGAUUACUCUGCUAACGACAGCCAAUCAGAAGCCAGUCAGCUGUCAGAGGCGGAGCAGCUGGCGGAGGAGCACGAUAGCGUCUCCUGCUCUGAUCAGCAUGCCGCUUCCUCGCGGUCCUCCACCCCCUCCUCCUCCGGCGCCACCAUGGAGCUGAUGAGGAAGACUCCGCAGCCGCCGCCGUCGCGGCCGCUGAUCCGAGCCCCGCGCUGCCUGCGCAGGAACUCAUCUCAGCUGUUCUCAGGUGACUCCGCCCCCCGCCGCCGCAUCUCCAGGAAGAGGAGAAGGGUCUCCACCGUCUCCAAGGCGGGGAGCCCCUGGCCGGGGAGAGGCCCCCCGCUGCCCAGCCGCAGGAGCUCCAUGUAUUACCUGAACCACCCGGUGCUCUACAGGGGCCCCGGGGCCCUCAGCCCACUCUGCUACGACUCACGUCUGGAGAGCUGGAGCGCCUUCCUGCUGAAAGCGAUGGCGAAGUCGGGUGUGCAGCACGCAGCGACUCCCAACGAGCUGCCGGAGCCGCAGGAGCCGAGCAGCAGCGUGGACUGGAGCGACGGAGCUCAGUACGGAGAUCACAUCUGGUUUGAGACGAGCGGCUCUGGAGAUUUCUGCUACGUGGGGGAACAGUACUGCAUCGCUAAGUCACUGCAAAAGUCUGUGACGAGGAAGAAAUGUGCCGGCUGUAAGAUCUCGGUCCACACGAUGUGUCUGGAGCAGCUGGAGAAGAUUAAUUUCAGGUGCAAGCCGUCGUUCAGAGAGCCGGGAUCUCGAGCCGUCAGAGAGUCCAACAUGGUGCGACAUCACUGGGUCCACCGCAGGCGGCAGACGGGGAAAUGUCGGCAGUGUGGGAAGGGUUUCCAACAGAAGUUCUCAUUUCAUAGCAAAGAGAUCAUCGCCAUCAGCUGCUCGUGGUGCAAACAGGCCUAUCACAACAAGGUGACGUGCUUCAUGCUGCAGCAGAUCGAGGAGUGCUGCUCACUGGGAGCUCACGCUGCCGUCAUCAUCCCUCCUACCUGGAUCCUCAGAGUCCGUAAACCACAGACGUCUCUGAAGUCCAGUAAAAAGAAGAAAAGAACGUCACUGAAAUGCAACAAGUCGAGUAAGAAAGGAGGCGAGGACGGCCGCUGGAAGCCCUUCCUGCUGAAGCCUCUUCCCUCUCAGCUCAUGAAGCCUCUGCUGGUGUUCGUUAACCCGAAGAGUGGCGGGAAUCAGGGAGCAAAGAUCAUCCAGUCCUUCAUGUGGUACCUGAACCCUCGGCAGGUGUUCGACCUCACCAAAGGUGGACCCAGAGAAGGGUUGGAGCUGUACGCCAAAGUGCCCAACCUGAGGAUCCUGGCCUGCGGAGGAGACGGGACAGUCGGAUGGCUGCUGUCUGAGUUAGACCUGCUGAAGGUCCAUCCUCAGCCUCCCGUAGCCAUCCUUCCUCUGGGAACCGGCAACGACCUGGCCAGGACCCUCAACUGGGGAGGGGGUUACACCGAUGAACCCAUAACGAAGAUCCUCUCUCACGUGGAGGACGGGAACGUUCUCCAGCUGGACCGGUGGAACCUGAACGUGGAGGCGAACCCUGAAGCUCGACCGGAGGACCACGACGAGCAUCAGACCGACAAGCUUCCGAUCGACGUCUUCAAUAACUACUUCAGUCUGGGCUUCGACGCUCACGUCACGCUGGGCUUCCACGAAUCCAGAGAGGCAAAUCCUGAGAAGUUUAACAGCCGCUUCAGAAAUAAGAUGUUCUAUGCAGGGACGGCCUUCUCAGACUUCCUCAGUGGGAGCUCCAAAGAUCUCGCCAAACACAUCAGAGUGGUGUGUGACGGCACCGACCUGACAACCAAAGUCCAGGAGAUGAAGUUACAGUGUCUGCUCUUCCUCAACAUCCCCAGGUACUGUGCCGGCACCGUGCCGUGGGGUCACCCCGGCGAGCAUCAGGACUUCGAGCCGCAGCGCCAUGACGACGGCUGCAUCGAGGUCAUCGGCUUCACCAUGACAUCACUGGCCACGCUGCAGGUGGGGGGGCACGGCGAGCGGCUCCACCAGUGUAAAGAAGUCACUCUCACCACCUUCAAGUCCAUCCCCAUGCAGGUGGACGGAGAACCCUGCAAGCUGGCUCCGUCCGUGAUCCGCAUCAGCCUCAGGAACCAGGCCAACAUGGUGCAGAAGGCCAAGAGGAGGGUCUCCAUGCCCCACCUCAACGAUCAGCAGCUGGUUCCUGAGCAGCUGCAGAUCAGAGUGAACCGGAUCACCAUGGCGGCGUACGAGGCUCUGCACUAUGAUAAAGACCAGCUGAAGGAGGCCUCGACGCCUCUCGGUGUGAUCACCGUCCCUGGAGACAGCGACCUGGAGACCUGCCGGCUGCUCAUCGAGCGUCUCCAUGACAACCUGGAGCAGGACGCCGACGGCCUGAAAGAGUCUCUGAGGUCACCGAAGCUCUCCAUGAAGUGGUGUUUCCUCGACUGUACCACAGCAGACCGGUUCUACAGGAUCGACCGGGCUCAGGAGCACCUCAACUACGUGACGGAGAUCUCGCAGGAGGAGGUCUACAUCCUGGACCCGGAGCUGGUCGUCAAGGAGACGGUGGGCACCUCCCCCGGGAUGCCCGACCUGGUGGACUCUGAGGAGCACCAGGACCAGCAGAGACAGUUCUCCUUCUCCUGCUCCCCCUCCUCCUCCUCCUCCCCCACACCGAGCCCCUCCAGUGCUACCUCACAUCAAACUGAAACAGAAGCUGAACUGAUCAGCUGUGUUAAGACUGAAGACCUGACCAGGCUGAUGGAGCUGCAGCAGCGGGGGGGCGACCUGCUGCUGCAGGAUGCUGCAGGCUGCACGCUGCUGCAUCACGCUGUGGAGGCCGGCAGCAACGACAUCAUCAAGUACCUCAUCGACCACGUUCCCACAUCUCACCUGGACCUCACAGAGACAGAGACAGGAGAGACGGCGCUCCAUAAAGCUGCGUCUUCCUGUCAGAUGAGUAUCUGUCGGAGUCUAGUGGAGGCCGGCGCGUCACUCAUGAAGACAGACCUUCAGGGUGAAACGGCUUCACAGCGCGCUGAGCAGACAGACGACCAGGAACUCACCGAUUAUCUGCAGAGACAACAACAAGACCAGGAGACAACAGUGUGA